AUGCGUACGACAUUCUUAGUGAUUGGACUAAUCAUUGGAAGACUCUGUUCUGGAAUUAUCUUAACAACAAUGAUUACUUUAGUUGUUCGAGAUAAACAAAUCAAAGCAAUGAAAGAUUUAGAAACCACUUUGAUCAGUACGGUUAAUAUUACCACAACGUCAAGUUCGACUAGUACAACAGCUGUAUUACAAGUGCCAGUUUAUUGGAAAUUUGAUAGCGAUUUACAAGAUUUUAUAAUAAUUUCAAUGGAAUCGAUAAUUAUAUUCUUGAUCAAUUUACGUCAAUGGAUAUUUGGAUGUAUCACGAAAUUCUAUUCAAUAUUAUCCGAUGCAACUCUUUUUGACAGUGGACCAUUAUCAAUCAAUGAAACAGGAGUCAACUCUACCUACACGUCGAUGGGACGAGUGAACCAAGCCAUUUCGUUUCCAGUUCUAUCGUCUUACAUCCAAAUAACUGGAUUAACGCGUUUAGGAACAAAAGCCGGUAGUAUUCCAAUAACAUUAACAAUUACAAGUUCAUUACUUGGACUUGGUGUUUGUAAUACAGGUACAAUACAAAUGGGACAAUUUUAUGGUUCGGUUGAUGAACUUCGAGUUUACGCACGAGAAUUUUCAUCAUUAGAAGUAUUUGCAUUUGUUAAUCCAUAA